AUGGAGGGAAGAGGGCAUAGAGAGCAAGCUCCUGCAUGGAUACGGAUCCUUAGGAAGGAGAGAAUGGACCGCUGCAACGGUCGAGGGAGCAUGGAUGCAGGGGAGCAUGGGUGCAUGGUGCAGGGGAGCAUGGAUGCAGGGGAGCAUGGGUGCAUGGUGCAGGGGAGCAUGGAUGCAGGGGAGCAUGGGUGCAUGGUGCAGGGGAGCAUGGAUGCAGGGGAGCAUGGGUGCAUGGUGCAGGGGAGCAUGGAUGCAGGGGAGCAUGGGUGCAUGGUGCAGGGGAGCAUGGAUGCAGGGGAGCAUGGGUGCAUGGUGCAGGGGAGCAUGGAUGCAGGGGAGCAUGGGUGCAUGGUGCAGGGGAGCAUGGAUGCAGGGGAGCAUGGGUGCAUGGGGAGCAUGGAUGCAGGGGAGCAUGGGUGCAUGGUGCAGGGGAGCAUGGAUGCAGGGGAGCAUGGGUGCAUGGUGCAGGGGAGCAUGGAUGCAGGGGAGCAUGGGUGCAUGGUGCAGGGGAGCAUGGAUGCAGGGGAGCAUGGGUGCAUGGUGCAGGGGAGCAUGGAUGCAGGGGAGCAUGGGUGCAUGGUGCAGGGGAGCAUGGAUGCAGGGGAGCAUGGGUGCAUGGUGCAGGGGAGCAUGGAUGCAGGGGAGCAUGGGUGCAUGGUGCAGGGGAGCAUGGAUGCAGGGGAGCAUGGGUGCAUGGUGCAGGGGAGCAUGGAUGCAGGGGAGCAUGGGUGCAUGGUGCAGGGGAGCAUGGAUGCAGGGGAGCAUGGGUGCAUGGUGCAGGGGAGCAUGGAUGCAGGGGAGCAUGGGUGCAUGGUGCAGGGGAGCAUGGAUGCAGGGGAGCAUGGGUGCAUGGGGAGCAUGGAUGCAGGGGAGCAUGGGUGCAUGGUGCAGGGGAGCAUGGAUGCAGGGGAGCAUGGGUGCAUGGUGCAGGGGAGCAUGGAUGCAGGGGAGCAUGGGUGCAUGGUGCAGGGGAGCAUGGAUGCAGGGGAGCAUGGGUGCAUGGUGCAGGGGAGCAUGGAUGCAGGGGAGCAUGGGUGCAUGGUGCAGGGGAGCAUGGAUGCAGGGGAGCAUGGGUGCAUGGUGCAGGGGAGCAUGGAUGCAGGGGAGCAUGGGUGCAUGGUGCAGGGGAGCAUGGAUGCAGGGGAGCAUGGGUGCAUGGUGCAGGGGAGCAUGGAUGCAGGGGAGCAUGGGUGCAUGGUGCAGGGGAGCAUGGAUGCAGGGGAGCAUGGGUGCAUGGUGCAGGGGAGCAUGGAUGCAGGGGAGCAUGGGUGCAUGGUGCAGGGGAGCAUGGAUGCAGGGGAGCAUGGGUGCAUGGUGCAGGGGAGCAUGGAUGCAGGGGAGCAUGGGUGCAUGGUGCAGGGGAGCAUGGAUGCAGGGGAGCAUGGGUGCAUGGUGCAGGGGAGCAUGGAUGCAGGGGAGCAUGGGUGCAUGGUGCAGGGGAGCAUGGAUGCAGGGGAGCAUGGGUGCAUGGUGCAGGGGAGCAUGGAUGCAGGGGAGCAUGGGUGCAUGGUGCAGGGGAGCAUGGAUGCAGGGGAGCAUGGGUGCAUGGUGCAGGGGAGCAUGGAUGCAGGGGAGCAUGGGUGCAUGGUGCAGGGGAGCAUGGAUGCAGGGGAGCAUGGGUGCAUGGUGCAGGGGAGCAUGGAUGCAGGGGAGCAUGGGUGCAUGGUGCAGGGGAGCAUGGAUGCAGGGGAGCAUGGGUGCAUGGUGCAGGGGAGCAUGGAUGCAGGGGAGCAUGGGUGCAUGGUGCAGGGGAGCAUGGAUGCAGGGGAGCAUGGGUGCAUGGUGCAGGGGAGCAUGGAUGCAGGGGAGCAUGGGAGCAUGGUGCAGGGGAGCAUGGAUGCAGGGGAGCAUGGGUGCAUGGUGCAGGGGAGCAUGGAUGCAGGGGAGCAUGGGUGCAUGGUGCAGGGGAGCAUGGAUGCAGGGGAGCAUGGGAGCAUGGGUGCAGGGGAGCAUGGGAGUAUGGGUGCAGGGGAGCAUGGGAGCAUGGGUGCAGGGGAGCAUGGGAGCAUGGGUGCAGGGGAGCAUGGGAGCAUGGGUGCAGGGGAGCAUGGGAGCAUGGGCGUAGGGGAGCAUGGGAGCAUGGGUGCAGGGGAGCAUGGGAGCAUGGUGCAGGGGAGCAUGGAUGCAGGGGAGCAUGGGUGCAUGGUGCAGGGGAGCAUGGAUGCAGGGGAGCAUGGGUGCAUGGUGCAGGGGAGCAUGGAUGCAGGGGAGCAUGGGUGCAUGGUGCAGGGGAGCAUGGAUGCAGGGGAGCAUGGGUGCAUGGUGCAGGGGAGCAUGGAUGCAGGGGAGCAUGGGUGCAUGGUGCAGGGGAGCAUGGAUGCAGGGGAGCAUGGGUGCAUGGUGCAGGGGAGCAUGGAUGCAGGGGAGCAUGGGAGCAUGGUGCAGGGGAGCAUGGAUGCAGGGGAGCAUGGGUGCAUGGUGCAGGGGAGCAUGGAUGCAGGGGAGCAUGGGUGCAUGGUGCAGGGGAGCAUGGAUGCAGGGGAGCAUGGGAGCAUGGGUGCAGGGGAGCAUGGGAGUAUGGGUGCAGGGGAGCAAGGGAGCAUGGGUGCAGGGGAGCAUGGGAGCAUGGGUGCAGGGGAGCAUGGGAGCAUGGGUGCAGGGGAGCAUGGGAGCAUGGGCGUAGGGGAGCAUGGGAGCAUGGGUGCAGGGGAGCAUGGGAGCAUGGGUGCAUGGGACCAUGAGAGCAUGGGUGCACGGGAGCAUGGGAGCAUGGGUGCAGGAGAGCAUGGGAGCAUGGGUGCAGGGGAGCAUGGGAGCAUGGGUGCAGGGGAGCAUGGGAGCAUGGAUGCAGGGGAGCAUGGGUGCAUGGUGCAGGGGAGCAUGGAUGCAGGGGAGCAUGGGUGCAUGGUGCAGGGGAGCAUGGAUGCAGGGGAGCAUGGGUGCAUGGUGCAGGGGAGCAUGGAUGCAGGGGAGCAUGGGUGCAUGGUGCAGGGGAGCAUGGAUGCAGGGGAGCAUGGGUGCAUGGUGCAGGGGAGCAUGGAUGCAGGGGAGCAUGGGUGCAUGGUGCAGGGGAGCAUGGAUGCAGGGGAGCAUGGGUGCAUGGUGCAGGGGAGCAUGGAUGCAGGGGAGCAUGGGAGCAUGGUGCAGGGGAGCAUGGAUGCAGGGGAGCAUGGGUGCAUGGUGCAGGGGAGCAUGGAUGCAGGGGAGCAUGGGUGCAUGGUGCAGGGGAGCAUGGAUGCAGGGGAGCAUGGGAGCAUGGGUGCAGGGGAGCAUGGGAGUAUGGGUGCAGGGGAGCAUGGGAGCAUGGGUGCAGGGGAGCAUGGGAGCAUGGGUGCAGGGGAGCAUGGGAGCAUGGGUGCAGGGGAGCAUGGGAGCAUGGGCGUAGGGGAGCAUGGGAGCAUGGGUGCAGGGGAGCAUGGGAGCAUGGGUGCAUGGGACCAUGAGAGCAUGGGUGCACGGGAGCAUGGGAGCAUGGGUGCAGGAGAGCAUGGGAGCAUGGGUGCAGGGGAGCAUGGGAGCAUGGUGCAGGGGAGCAUGGAUGCAGGGGAGCAUGGGAGCAUGGGUGCAGGGGAGCAUGGGAGUAUGGGUGCAGGGGAGCAUGGGAGCAUGGGUGCAGGGGAGCAUGGGAGCAUGGGUGCAGGGGAGCAUGGGAGCAUGGGUGCAGGGGAGCAUGGGAGCAUGGGCGUAGGGGAGCAUGGGAGCAUGGGUGCAGGGGAGCAUGGGAGCAUGGGUGCAUGGGACCAUGAGAGCAUGGGUGCACGGGAGCAUGGGAGCAUGGGUGCAGGAGAGCAUGGGAGUAUGGGUGCAGGGGAGCAUGGGAGCAUGGGUGCAGGGGAGCAUGGGAGCAUGGGUGCAUGGGAGCAUGAGAGCAUGGGUGCAGGGGAGCAUGGGAGCAUGGAUGCAGGAGAGCAUGGGAGCAUGGGGGAGCAUGGGAGCAUGGGUGCAGGGGAGCAUGGGAGUAUGGGUGCAGGGGAGCAUGGGAGCAUGGGUGCAGGGGAGCAUGGGAGCAUGGGUGCAGGGGAGCAUGGGAGCAUGGGCGUAGGGGAGCAUGGGAGCAUGGGUGCAGGGGAGCAUGGGAGCAUGGGUGCAUGGGACCAUGAGAGCAUGGGUGCACGGGAGCAUGGGAGCAUGGGUGCAGGAGAGCAUGGGAGUAUGGGUGCAGGGGAGCAUGGGAGCAUGGGUGCAGGGGAGCAUGGGAGCAUGGGUGCAUGGGACCAUGAGAGCAUGGGUGCACGGGAGCAUGGGAGCAUGGGUGCAGGAGAGCAUGGGAGUAUGGGUGCAGGGGAGCAUGGGAGCAUGGGUGCAGGGGAGCAUGGGAGCAUGUGUGCAGGGGAGCAUGGGAGCAUGGGUGCAGGGGAGCAUGGGAGCAUGGGUGCAGGGGAGCAUGGGAGCAUGGGGGAGCAUGGGAGCAUGGGUGCAGGGGAGCAUGGGAGUAUGGGUGCAGGGGAGCAUGGGAGCAUGGGUGCAGGGGAGCAUGGGAGCAUGGGUGCAGGGGAGCAUGGGAGCAUGGGUGCAGGGGAGCAUGGGAGCAUGGGCGUAGGGGAGCAUGGGAGCAUGGGUGCAGGGGAGCAUGGGAGCAUGGGUGCAUGGGACCAUGAGAGCAUGGGUGCACGGGAGCAUGGGAGCAUGGGUGCAGGAGAGCAUGGGAGUAUGGGUGCAGGGGAGCAUGGGAGCAUGGGUGCAGGGGAGCAUGGGAGCAUGUGUGCAGGGGAGCAUGGGAGCAUGGGUGCAGGGGAGCAUGGGAGCAUGGGGGAGCAUGGGAGCAUGGGUGCAGGGGAGCAUGGGAGCAUGGGAGCAUGGGUGCAGGGGAGCAUGGGAGCAUGGGUGCAGGGGAGCAUGGGUGCAGGGAGCAUGGGUGCAGGGGAGCAUGGGAGCAUGGGUGCAGGGGAGCAUGGGAGCAUGGGAGCAUGGGUGCAGGGGAGCAUGGGAGCGUGGGUGCAGGGGAGCAUGGGAGCAUGGGUGCAGGGUAGCAUGGGAGCAUGGGUGCAUGGGAGCAUGAGAGCAUGGGUGCAGGGGAGCAUGGGAGCAUGGAUGCAGGAGAGCAUGGGAGCAUGGGUGCAGGGGAGCAUGGGAGCAUGGUGCAGGGGAGCAUGGAUGCAGGGGAGCAUGGAUGCAGGGGAGCAUGGGAGCAUGGGUGCAGGGGAGCAUGGGAGUAUGGGUGCAGGGGAGCAUGGGAGCAUGGGUGCAGGGGAGCAUGGGAGCAUGGGUGCAGGGGAGCAUGGGAGCAUGGGUGCAGGGGAGCAUGGGAGCAUGGGCGUAGGGGAGCAUGGGAGCAUGGGUGCAGGGGAGCAUGGGAGCAUGGGUGCAUGGGACCAUGAGAGCAUGGGUGCACGGGAGCAUGGGAGCAUGGGUGCAGGAGAGCAUGGGAGUAUGGGUGCAGGGGAGCAUGGGAGCAUGGGUGCAGGGGAGCAUGGGAGCAUGUGUGCAGGGGAGCAUGGGAGCAUGGGUGCAGGGGAGCAUGGGAGCAUGGGUGCAGGGGAGCAUGGGAGCAUGGGGGAGCAUGGGAGCAUGGGUGCAGGGGAGCAUGGGAGCAUGGGUGCAGGGGAGCAUGGGUGCAUGGGUGCAUGGGAGCAUGAGAGCAUGGGUGCAGGGGAGCAUGGGAGCAUGGAUGCAGGAGAGCAUGGGAGCAUGGGUGCAGGGGAGCAUGGGAGCAUGGGUGCAGGGGAGCAUGGGAGCAUGGGAGCAUGGGUGCAGGGGAGCAUGGGAGCAUGGGUGCAGGGGAGCAUGGGGGAGCAUGGGAGCAUGGGGGAGCAUGGGAGCGUGGGUGCAGGGGAGCAUGGGAGCAUGGGUGCAGGGGAGCAUGGGAGCAUGGGUGCAUGGGAGCAUGAGAGCAUGGGUGCAGGGGAGCAUGGGAGCAUGGAUGCAGGAGAGCAUGGGAGCAUGGGUGCAGGGGAGCAUGGGAGCAUGGGUGCAGGGGAGCAUGGGAGCAUGGGUGCAGGGGAGCAUGGGAGCAUUGGUGCAGGGGAGCAUGGGAGCAUGGGUGCAGGGGAACAUGGGAGCAUGAGUGCAGGGGAGCAUGGGAGCAUGGGUGCAGGGGAGCAUGGGAGCAUGGGUGCAGGGGAGCAUGGGAGCAUGGGUUCAGGGGAGCAUGGGAGCAUGGGAGCAUGGGUGCAGGGGAGCAUGGGAGCAUGGGAGACAGAGGGAGUGGAAGCGUGUGGGAAGGGGAGUGGAAGCGUGGGGGAAGGGGAGUGGAAGGUGGAGGAAGGGGGAGUGAAACUGUGGGGGAAGGGGAGUGAAAGCGUGGGGGAAGGGGAGUGGAAGCGUGCGAGAAAGGGAGUGGAAGCGUGGGGGAAGGGGAAUGGAAGCGUAGGGGAAGGGGAUUGGAAGCGUGGGGGAAGGGGAGUGGAAGCGUGGGCACAGGGGAGCAUUACAGCAAAGGAGCAGCGGGGCAUGAGGGCAAGGGAGGAGCACAACGGGGGAGCAGUGGGGCGUGAGAGGUGA